GACGAUCGGACGGCUGAGAGUCGCUAUGGAAAUGACGUCAUCAUCGGGCGGUGGAAGGUACAUGGCGUACUCGCCGUCACCGUCGGCACCUCACUCCCCUCACCUCUCCGGCCUUCGCUCCGCCUCCUCCUCCGCUGCUCUCGUUGCCGCCGAGCAAGAAAAAUAUGUAUCUGAGCUGCUUGGGGAGCGUCUCAAGCUGAGUCCAUUUUUGCCUGUGCUGCCGCAUUGCAACAGGUUACUAAACCAAGAAAUAUUGCGUGUAACUACACUGUUGGGGAAUGCGUCAGUUUUAGGUCAAAAUGGGCUUGAACAUGCUAGCCCCCUGGCAUCUAGAGGAAUGUUUCCAAAUGGAGGUGCUGAUGUGAACGGAUGGGCAUCACGGUUUCAAUCAGAAAUGUCAGGUUUAUUACAGCCUUCAUCAACCCAAAACUGGCUGAGUUCUCAGAGUAGUUCAUCUGGUCUGAUUGUGAAGCGAACAAUCCGGGUUGAUAUUCCAGUUGACAAAUAUCCUAAUUUUAACUUUGUUGGGCGGUUGCUAGGCCCUAGGGGAAACUCUCUUAAGCGGGUGGAAGCAACUACUGAAUGUCGUGUUCUGAUCAGGGGACGUGGUAGCAUAAAGGAUCCAACUAGGGAAGAAAUGAUGAGAGGAAAACCAGGGUAUGAACAUCUGAACGAACCUCUUCAUAUUCUAGUGGAGGCAGAACUACCAGUUGAAAUUAUUGAUGCUCGUUUAUUACAAGCACGUGAGGUACUUGAAGAUUUGCUCAGGCCUGUGGAUGAAUCUCAGGAUUUCUACAAGAAACAGCAGCUGCGAGAGUUGGCAAUGCUGAAUGGCACACUUCGUGAAGAGGGUUCUCCAAUGUCCGGUUCGUUGUCACCCUUCCGCAACAGUCUUGGUAUGAAGAGGGCCAAGACCAGGGGGUAAUAGAUCCACACUCUUGGAGCUUGUUUUGUUAGUUUCUGCCAGUAAACAGCGGUUUCCACGCCACACGUGUUGCUGUGUCAGCCAAUCCUCCAACUACCAUCGGGGCACUGGCAAACACCCCUUGUGUGCCAGUUCUAACUUGUUUCCAUAUCAAAGUGUGUGUGGCUACUGGUCAGGAGGAGGGUUGGCGUAUCGCAUAGGAAAAGAAGGACAGUUUGAUUUGGGGGGGUUUGCUAUUUAUAUAUUGCGUUAGAAGUUUGGUCGGAGCAUUAGCUCUCUAAGCCUGUCCUUGUACUAUAGUAAGCGUGUCAUGACAGUUUUGCUACCGUCUUGGGGUUCUGUGAGCAAUUUAUGGUAUGGUGUGUAUACGAAUAGCGAUUAGCGAAGCGAGGCGAAAAUUCGAGUGAUGUUGCACUGUCUAGAUUGCAUUUGGAUUUAUUUUAAGCGUUCUUUGUUUUGUUCUAUGAAAAAGUAGUUUCUCAUUUA